GUUGCCAGUAGUAGAAGGGGCGGAGCUUGUACGCUGCUGGGAGCCGGUGCUUUGCAUGUCCGAAGGGGCACUGGUGCGGUCUACUUGUCUAGCAGCGUAACAGCAUCGACAUGGCUUCGCUGUCAGUCGACGAUAACAGUAAGAGCAAGGUGAGAUCAGUGUCAGUGGAUUUGAACACCGAUCCUUCUCUUCAGAUUGAUAUUCCGGAUGCGUUAAGCGAGAAAGACAAAGUAAAGUUUACGGUCCAUACAAAGACCACGCUGAGCACAUUCAAAAGCCCAGAGUUCAAUGUGAUUCGUCAGCACGAAGAUUUCAUUUGGCUACAUGAAGCCCUUGUCGAGACUGAAGAAUAUGCUGGAUUUAUUAUUCCACCAGCACCUGCGAAACCCGACUUUGAUGGACCUCGAGAGAAGAUGCAGAAGCUGGGGGAGGGGGAAGGCUCCAUGACCAAGGAUGAAUUUGCCAAAAUGAAACAGGAGCUGGAGGCGGAGUAUUUGGCGGUGUUUAAGAAGACAGUAUCGGUCCACGAAGUCUUCCUCCAGAGACUGUCAUCUCAUCCCAUAUUAAGCAAAGACCACAACUUCCAUAUAUUCUUGGAAUAUGAGCAAGAUCUAACCGUAAGAAGGAAGAAUACCAAAGAGAUGUUUGGUGGCUUUUUUAAGAGUAUGGUAAAAAGUGCUGACGAGGUUCUGUUUUCUGGAGUUAAGGAAGUUGAUGAUUUCUUUGAACAAGAAAAGAUCUUCUUGAUGAAUUACUACAACAGGAUCAAGGAUUCUUGUGCCAAAGCUGACAAAAUGACAAGAACUCACAAGAAUGUUGCUGAUGAUUAUAUCCAUAUUUCAGCCGCUGUGACCUCUUUAUCCGAGGAGGAGAACCCAACUGUUAGAAAACACUUGGUAAAACUUGCAGACCUAUUUGAAAAACUACGGAAAGUUGAGGCCAGAGUUUCUUCAGAUGAAGAUUUAAAACUCACAGAACUUUUACGAUACUACUUGCUUAAUAUUGAAGCGGCGAAGGACCUACUAUACAGAAGGACCAAAAGUCUAGUCGAUUAUGAGAAUUCUAACAAAGCCCUUGAUAAAGCAAGGUUGAAAAGCAAAGAUGUGAAACAGGCAGAGUUGCACCAACAAGAGUGUUGCCAGAAAUUCGAGAAACUCUCCGAGUCGGCAAAACAAGAGCUAAUUAGCUUCAAGAAAAGAAGAGUGUCUGCCUUUCGCAAAAAUCUAGUUGAAAUGACGGAAUUAGAAAUUAAGCAUGCUAAGAAUAACAUAGCCAUGUUACAAGGCUGCAUUGAACUGUUCAAGAACACUUAAAGGAUUAUUUACACUAACUCAGGAACAAUGUGACCAAUAAGCCCAAUUGCACUUCAGGUGCCGGCCUUCUUCACUAGCACAGCUGUCCAGAAUUUUGCAUUUGCAAAAAAUACCCUCAUGAAUCACCGCUUAAGGAGGGAGCAUCUUUAACAAUGGGAAAAAAAUAUAUAUAUGUAUAUGUAUGUGUGUAUAUAUAUAUAUAUAUAUAUAUAUGUCACUGUGAUUUAAUAGAACUCAUUGUAAAUCAUUGUUUAACAGAUAUUCUGCAGCUUAAUCUUGACCUGCAUUGCUUGGAUGCCUAGACCUGUUAAACCUUUACGUAGGUCCCACAGAGCUAGGAAGGACUGUUCAUAUAUCGCAGUGAUCGUUUACUAAUCUAUGCAUUGGGUGUACCAUAGGUUUUAAAGUUUAGUGCACCAGGGCAGAAUAAUCAAAUUAACCUCACGUUUCUAUUUUUUUAUGUUGGUAAUUGCCUUUAUAUUUUGUAACCGUAAAAAAAAAAAAAAAAAAUCCUGGGCUCUGUUAAAAAUAUUUUCUUGAAUCAGUCAUAUGGUAAAAUGUUAAAUGUAAAUUGUUUAAUCUUGCAGCUCUAGUCAAUAUUUUGACAUUCGUAUCAACAUAUAUUGAAAAUGUAUUUUUCAUGGGAAGCCUUUUUUUUGAUCUUAAUAAAUAUGCUUCUACUGAAAAAAA